AUGAAUCACGCGCUGGAUAUUGAUCAGCUCCGCACGUUUUUAGCGAUUGCGGAACUGGGCAGCUUCACCAAGGCAGGCGAAGCUGUGCACAAGACGCAAUCGGCUGUAUCCAUGCAGAUGCGCCGGCUGGAAGAGCGCGUCGGACAGGCCAUAUUCAUCAAGGACGGACGACAGUCACGGCUGACCGAAGACGGGCAGCGCCUGGUCGAAUAUGCCAGGCGGAUGAUCCUUCUGAACGACGAGACACUCACUGCAUUCAACGGUCAAAAGGAAGUUGGCCACGUCAAGCUCGGCGUGCCGGACGAUUACGCGGACCGUCUCUUGCCACAGGUUCUGGCCGCUUUUAACCGGCUGAAUCCAUCAAUUGAAGUGCAGGUCGAGUGUUCGGGAAGCAGCAAACUGACUGAAGCGAUCCGCGAUGGGGCGCUGGAUGUUGCCAUCACCACGUCGAGCGAUACGAUGGAUCUUCGCGGCGAGAUCAUCCGGCGCGAGCCGCUCUACUGGGUGACAUCCAGUCAGCAUUGCGCGCAUACGCAGGACAUCAUCCGCUUGGCGCUGGGGCCGUCGACCUGCGGUUGGCGGCGACUGUCGAUGGACGCGCUGGACAGGGUCGGGCGGCGAUAUCGCGUUUCUUAUACCAGCUCCAGUGCGGCAGCUCUCGUUGGAGCGGUGCAGGCAGGGCUUGCAGUCACCGUGUUUCCGGAAAGUGCGAUCCGCGACGGAAUGCGUAUUCUGGAUGAAAGAGACGGAUUUCCUGCUCUGCCGUCUUGCGACAUCGCCCUUUUGCGGUCGGACACGGCCCGUGAAGCCAUGCACGAUACCCUGUGCAAUCACCUUGUCGCGGCAAUAGGCAAUGUCGGUGGCGGUACCGGCCAGCUUGCGGCUGAAUAA